AUGACGUCGCUCAAUUGUAGAACCGUCGUCUGCGUGGUCUGCUUGGAGAAACCCAAAUACCGCUGCCCGGCCUGCCGCGUACCCUAUUGCUCGGUCACCUGCUUCCGGAAGCACAAAGAACAGUGCAACUUUGAAACUCAUCCUGUAAAGAAAAAAAGUUGUUUGUCUCUAUCUACAAACACGACAAAGGCUGUGGAAAACAAAGAUGAGUCAGCUAUAGCUGAUUUCCUCAGUAGUGAAGAGGAAGAAGACAGGAUCUCUAUGCAGAGUCUAAAGAAUCUAGGGGACUCUGCACUACUGAGGAGUUUAUUGCUUAAUCCACACCUUAGACAAUUGAUGGUCAGCCUUGAUCAGGGGGACGACAAAGCAAAGCUCAUGAGAGCUUAUAUGCAAGAGCCCUUGUUUGUGGAGUUUGCAGACUGCUGUUUAAGAAUUGUGGAACCGUCCCAGAAUGAGGAUUAA